AUGGAUUAAGGAGUAGAAAAAAUUCCGAUUAAGUAAUUUGCUGAAUGGUAUGAUGUAAAAUAUGAUAAAAAAUAUGAAAAAACUUUAUAAGGCCUGAAAUUUGCUUUUUAUAAAUUUUACGCUCUUAUCUAAAGUCUGAUUUAAAACACUAUUGCUAUUUAGUUGCUGUUAAUUGAUGUCAAACAUGAUGAUAGCAUAUCAGUAAAAGAACUUUUAGACAGUUAAUUACAUAUCUUAAAGGGAAUUAUAUUAGAUUAUCCAAAAUUAAUUGAUUGGGAAUUUUGUGAGUUCUUUUAAUCUACAAUAGCAGACAAAGUAAACUAAGUGAAAGUAUAUUUCCAUCCUAUAACUCACUUCACCGGCAUUGAUAAAUCUUUAAAAGGAAAGUUUAAAUAGCUAUUAGAGAACAGUGAGAAUGGUUUAAGUAUAUCUACCUAUUUGAUUAAAGAGAUAUAUGAUCAAAUACUCAUUUCUUAGCAUUAAAUUAAAAGCACAUAGGAAUAAAGAAUGUUUAUUAGACAAACAAUCAAAAGCAUUAUAGAUGAAAUAAAAGAAAUGAAAUAAAAUAAAGCUUUCCAUGAUUAUUUUGAAUUGUUUACUGCCUUUAUGACAAACAGUUUAUAAGAAAAUAAAGAGCUCUCACAAAACAGAGAAUAUUUAAUUUUAAUGAUGAACCUCUUGAAAGAAUUAAUUGAAAAUUAAAAGAAUGUUGAAUCUUGUCUUGCUAACAUUAUCAACAUGUGUCAUAUCAUUAAAAAUAAAGGAAAGAAGGUUUUAAGAGAAGAUAUUACAAUAGAGGAAUAACAAAUAUUAUCGAAAUUCGUAAAACUUAUCGUUAAGCCUGACUUCCUUGAUAACUUUUUACUCUAAAGUGACUAAAGUGAGUAUAUGCAAGCCGUUAAGAUACUUGAAAAACAAAACACUCUUAUCAAAGAAAUGAAAUAAAAUAGAAAGCUGUUGGAUGAGGGAAUAAUUUUCAAUGAAAAAAAGUUUAAGGCAAAAUUAGAAAAAUGGAUAUAAUGCAAAAAAGCUAUUGAAUAGUUAAACAGUAGUGAAAAUUAUUAAUUGUAGUUUCUAGCAUACGAAUUACAACUUAAGACUUCUUCUCAACAGUUAUAAGAUAAAUUUGAGCAAAAACAAAGAGACUUUAGCAAUACUUUUAUUUAAUAUCAUCAAAUCUAUACAUUCUAAACAGAUUCUAUCAAAUCAUUAUAAAAAAUUGUUCAAAAAGAGUUUGGAAUUAAGGUAGAAAUAGAAAUAGGAAAUUUCAUUUUUGCAAAAAUUUGA